AUGAAGAUUUAUCCUCAAAAUAUAGCUAAAAACGACCCGACGGACCUGAGAAAUCGCAACAAUUGGUUUUCAAAACCAAUUCCUAAGACUAAAUCAUCAGACGAUGGACCGUUGGCUUUACUGGCAGACAGUUUGCGUCAUCAAACUACUGAAUUCUUUAACAAUUCAACUUUACAUGGUGUAAGAUAUAUCGCGGAAAAAGAACGUCCAUUUUGUGAAAAGUUCAUGUGGUUUAGCUUUACUUCUAUAGGAGCAGUCGCUACUUGUAUCAUUAUCGUAAGUUUGUGGGAGAAGUUCCAAACCAAUCCAACAAUUACAGGAUUAGAUACAGAUUUUCACAACUGGGAUGUACCUUUCCCAGCUGUCACCAUUUGCGAUCUAAAUCCAGUGGAUGAACAAUUAAUGCAAGAUUAUAUAGAGAGCAUUUGGGGUUCUGAUCCUCCGGCUGGUGCUGAAAAUAUGUUGCGAUGGUUGGCGACUUUAAAUUAUCGAUCCAUAGCUGAAAGAACCUCUGAAUUUGUGACUUAUCCAGAACUCGUUGGAAGGGGACCGAACGAUGGUCCCGAGCCAGCUUUAAAACCCAAAGAUGCGGUUUUCAAUAUUGUCAGACGCUGUGAAACUUUAUUUUAUGAUUGCGAAUGGAAAGGAGAUUCUGAGGAAUGUUGUGACUUGCUAGUGCCCGUGUUUACAGAGAUGGGCUUUUGUUAUGCGUAUAAUUCAAAACAUGCAGAGAAGUCGUGGCCCUGGCAAAGUCAAACGGAGCAAUUUGCAGAGGCUUUCAUUCACGAAACCGACGCAAAAUGGUCAUUUAUGUUCAAUUCAUUUCGUAACGACACGACAAUCGAUAUUUACAUACACUCAACUGAAGAAAUGGCUGGUUUGGAACAAAUUGCUCAACAUUCUUGGGAUCGCCGUGUUGAGAAAGUCUCUUUUUCUGUUAAACAUACAUACACUACAGAGGACGCGAGGCAACUAUCGAUCCGCCAAAGACGCUGUAUAUUCGUUGAUGAACAAAUUUUAGAAACAUCUAAUAUAUAUACAUACUCGGCAUGCAUGCGACAAUGCCGUAUGCAGCAAUGUCGGUCCUUAUGCAAAUGCGUCCCACAUUUUUAUCCUCGCAUUAAGGGCUACAGACAUUGCACAGUUAAGGAACUGGAAUGUAUUGCCAAAUAUGUUGCUCUUAUCACUGACCUGACUCGUUGCUCUUGUGAACUAGGAUGUUCUCAUACAGUCUACGAAGUUGAAAAACUUACAGAAAUUGAUACGAGCAAAGGUCCAGUUGCUACUAAUUCUUUAGAAACUGAAUUCGUGUCUUGGCCAAUGGUGAGGUACAAGCGUGAAGUACUUUUUGGAUGGGUGGAUCUUUUAGUGUCUUUCGGCGGUAUAGCUGGCUUGUUCCUUGGCUUUUCUCUCCUGUCAGGGGUAGAGCUAAUCUAUUACUUCACAUUGCGCGCAUGUUGCGCUCUCGUUAGGGACAAGGACAUGUUGAGACGCGAACGCGCCGAACGUCUCGCUAGACCCAAACCACCACAUGAUUUGAGUUUGGUGCCGUGGUGGAAACAAGCGCCAAUCCCUGCCGGGAAGAAACCUAUCAAACUGCGGGUUAAAGAAAUCCAGCCACCGCAAUAUUCCCCACCGCCCAUCUAUACUGAAUAUUUACCGUAAUUUAAUAACUUUGGUAAAUUACAUAUAAUAGAAAUGAUUAUUGCUAACGACAUUUUCUUUUUCCAUCGUAAAUAUUAAAUAAAGUAUACUUACGCUAUAAAU